AUGGAGGGGAAGUCUGGGCUUUGGCCGCGGCGCGGGGUUCGGGCGCAUCCCAAAUCCAGUCCCUCUGUGGAACUUCUAAACACCUUUUAUUAGUAGAAACAUUAUUUCCUACAAAAUGAAGUCAACAUCUUAAUUUAAACCAGCAUUUGUGUGGUUCUGAUUUACCUACAAUGGUUCAUAAAGCUUGAGAUCUCAGGAGUACAGGGUCUUUUGCGAUGACAAUAUGACUAAUAGCAAAGGAAGAUCUAUUACUAAUAACACAAGUAGUGGUCCAAGUAGUGGAGGAGGUUUAGUAGACUGGACUUUAGGCUUAAAUACAAUUCAGUCUGAUAAGUUUUUAAACUUGUUGUUGAGUAUGGUUCCAGUAAUUUAUCAGAAAAACCAGGAAGAUAGGCACAAGAAAGCAAAUGGCGUUUGGCAAGAUGGAUUAUCAACAGCAGCACAGACUUUUAGCAAUCGAUCUGAGCAGCACAUGGAGUUUCACAGUUUCUCAGAGCAGCCUUUUCAUGGCAAUAAUGGGCACACACCCACAAGCUGUAGCCCCAAGUAUGAUGACUAUGCCGACUACAAUUACUGUGAUGGAAGGGGCACUGCAGAAGCUGCUUCCAUGUUGCAGAAUGAAGACGCAUCUAGUGAUGGGGAUGAAGACGCCAUUGUGGAGGCAAACCAGAAAUCACCCAAGGAAUCCAGCGGUGUCAUGGCGCUGCAAAUACUGGUACCAUUUCUGCUAGCUGGUUUUGGAACAGUGUCAGCAGGCAUGGUUUUGGAUAUAGUGCAGCACUGGGAGGUAUUCAAAAAGGUAACAGAAGUUUUCAUUUUAGUUCCUGCACUUCUUGGUCUCAAAGGGAACUUGGAAAUGACAUUGGCAUCCAGAUUAUCUACUGCAGUAAAUAUUGGGAAGAUGGAUUCGCCCAUUGAAAAGUGGAACCUCAUAAUUGGCAACUUGGCUUUAAAGCAGGUUCAAGCGACAGUGGUUGGUUUUCUAGCAGCUGUGGCGGCGGUGAUCCUGGGCUGGAUUCCGGAGGGGAAGUACUACCUCGACCAUUCCAUACUUCUGUGUUCCAGCAGUGUAGCCACUGCUUUCAUUGCGUCUCUUCUACAAGGAAUAAUAAUGGUUGGCGUUAUCGUUGGUUCAAAGAAGACUGGCAUAAAUCCUGAUAACGUUGCUACCCCCAUUGCCGCUAGUUUUGGCGACCUCAUAACUCUUGCCAUAUUAGCCUGGAUAAGUCAGGGUUUGUACUCCUGUCUUGACAACUAUUACUACAUUUCUCCAUUAGUUGGUGUCUUUUUCUUGGCUCUAACUCCUAUCUGGAUUAUAAUAGCUGCUAAACAUCCAGCCACAAGGACAGUUCUCCACUCGGGCUGGGAGCCUGUCAUAACAGCUAUGGUUAUAAGUAGCAUUGGGGGCCUUAUUCUGGACACAACCGUAUCUGAUCCAAACUUGGUUGGGAUUGUUGUUUACACGCCAGUUAUUAAUGGUAUUGGUGGUAAUUUGGUGGCCAUUCAGGCUAGCAGGAUUUCUACCUACCUCCAUUUACAUAGCAUUCCAGGAGAACUGCCUGAUGAACCCAAAGGUUGUUACUACCCAUUUAGAACUUUUUUUGGACCAGGAGUGAAUAAUAAGUCUGCUCAGGUUCUCCUGCUUCUCGUGAUUCCUGGACAUUUAAUUUUCCUCUACACUAUUCACUUGAUGAAAAGUGGUCACACUUCUUUAACUGUGAUCUUCAUUGUGGUGUACUUAUUUGCUGCUGUACUACAGGUGUUUACCUUGCUGUGGAUUGCUGACUGGAUGGUGCAUCACUUCUGGAGGAAAGGGAAGGACCCGGAUAGCUUCUCCAUCCCCUACCUGACGGCAUUGGGUGACCUGCUUGGGACAGCUCUUUUAGCCUUAAGUUUUCAUUUUCUUUGGCUUAUUGGAGAUCGAGAUGGGGACGUUGGAGACUAAUAAAUCCUACAAACUGUUCUCAAGUCCCAGCAAGGAAAACACAAGACAACCACGUAUGACUCUUUUUCAAAAAUCUUAAAUCAGUAGUUGACUUCUACCAGGGUAAUCUUUAGUUGGCCCUGAUUCAAUUAAAUGGCCUUAACAUUUUUUUAAGGAAUUUGUGUUAAAACCAGAAUGAACAGUAUUUGUGCUGCUUUUCAUAGAAUAAAUGGUAAUUUGACAUAGAUGUAGACACACGCUCAAGCUCUGAAAUUAAUUAAAUAGGAAAGAAUAUAAGAUGUUUACAGUGAAUAAUUAAAAAUCACUGAUGUAGCAGAAAUGUAAUUUAUUAUUGUUUAACUUAAUAAUACCAGAUUUGAGGAAACUGAGUUCUACUUCAGCCUGUCUUGUCUCAAAGAUGUGUUGUCCUGCAAAUCCUACUAUAAAAUGAAAAGGACCAAAACCAAGCCUUUAAUAGUUUUAACUAUGCCCAUCUCUCUGCUAGCUGAGGAUAAAUGAUCAGCUAUUAGCUCCCAACCUGACUUAAAUAUGUUCUGCUGAGCAUAAGAUAAACUUACUUUUCCCUGUGCCAGUGUGAAUUUAACUUCAGCUCUGUAAGGUCUUGGUAGGCUAGCCUUGAAACACAGAAUGACCUCGAGAGAUCUUUAAAGAAAGCAGUGGGUCAUAUUUAACCAUUGUUUCAGUGAAAGAAUUUUGAUCUUUCUAAGAAGACUGAAUAGUCAAAACCAGAAGAUAAACUGGGAUGCAUUUGUAGGGACAGGAUGGUGUAAGAAAUUGUGUGUGUGUGUGUGUG